AUGGCCGACAGCGGCGGCACGGGCAGCUCUGGGUCCUGGUGGAAAUCGCUAACCAACAGCAGAAAGAAAAGCAAGGAAGCCGCGGUAGGGGCGCAGCCUCCCGCCCAGCCUGCCCCCGGGGAGCCCGCGCCGCCCCCGCCACCCAGCGCCGACUGGACUGGCAGCUCCCGGGAGAAUCAGCACCCCAAUCUCCUUGGGGGCGCCGGCGAGCCCCACAAGCCGGACAAGUUGUGCGGGGAGAAGUCAGGCAGCAGCCGCCGCAAUUUGAAGAUCUCGCGCUCCGGCCGCUUUAAGGAGAAGAGGAAAGCGCGCGCCACUCUGCUCCCCGAAGGAGUCAGGUCCCCUGAGGAGGCGGGCUUCCCUGGUGACCCCCACGACGACAAGCAAUAG